UUUUUUUUUUUUUCCUUCCCAGUAUAUAUGUAUAAGCAAAGAUAUGUUCGAUAUCGUUGUCGCUGGAAUUUAGGAGACCAUGAUGGAGAUGGUUUUCGCAUGCAAAUUUCUUGAUAUUUGUUGCUAGAUCGAGCUGAGACUGUCAAGAAUGUCCAUUUUGAGAUGCUCUAAGCUUGCAAAGGAAAAUCCAAGAUAAACUGACAUGAAAACCAAGAAACAAUGUCAAAGGGGCAUUGGCAGUGGAGAUGGCACAAAACCUCCUACACACAAGUGAGACUGGUAUUCAACUCAAGUUGUUCUGGUCAAAUUCUGAUAAAGUAACAAUAGAGAAGGGAACGAGAAGUUGGGUUGUGAAAUCAAACAUGAGCCCUUUAGAGAGCUGAAGAAUUCAUGGAUGUCCACUACAUGACUCUCAAGUUGCUGGAUGGUCGAGACCUGGACCUUUUGCCAAGUGGGACAGUUUCUCACCACUCACGACCUGGACCUCGACUUUAGAUGUUGUGAUGAACCUAACCAAUGUGCUGCCAAUGUGUGAAUGUUUGGUUUGCACCCUUCAAUCGUCUAUCCUAGCUCAUAUCCAAGGGUAUAGGAUGAUUGAAUCUAGGUGGUCUUUCCUAAUUGGCAUGGGGAAUUUGUCUCUCUGUCUUCAUGGAUAGGGUGUUAACGAAAUAUACUAUUUACUUUUCCAUAUUUUUGUUUUAUCUUUUUAUUUUUUGAAAAUUUUAAAAUAUUUUUAUGUCAAAAUUAAAUUUAUUUUUUCUUUGUAUUUUUUGUUUGUUUUUUUUCUUAUUUCUUGAAAACUUAUUCAGUCUUUCAAAAAUUCCUGCAAAGUAUAUUUUUGCAAACUGGCUCUGAUAUUCUUUUUCAUCAAUACGUUUUACUUCUUUUUUGAUUUUUUAUUUGUUUUUUCUUCCUUUCUUUCGUCUUUUGCUCACUUCCUUUUUUUCUUUUUUCUCCUUUCUUUUCCACCACAUCUCUGCAAUUUUUUUCCCCUGUCGAAACUCAGCUUUUCAUUUUUUAUUUUUUCUUCCUUUCUUUUGUCUUUUGCUCACUUCCUUUUACUUUUUAUUUUUUUUGGUUUCUUUUCCACUACAUCUCUAUAAUUUUUUCCCCUGUCAAAAUCCAGCUUUUUUAUUUUUUUAUUUUUUCUUCCUUUUUUUUGUCUUUUGCUCACUUCCUCUCAUUUUUUUUCCCCUGUCAAAACCUAGCUUUUUUUUUUUUCUUCCUUUCUUUUGUCUUUUGCUCACUUCCUUUUGUUUUUUAUUUUUUUUCCUUUCUUUUCCACCACAUCUCUGCAAUUUUUUUUCCCUUGUCAAAACCUAGCUUUUUUUUUUUCUUUCUUCUUUUCUUUUGUCUUUUGCUCACUUACUUUCAUAUUUCAUCUUAUUUUUUCCUUUCUUUUCACCACCUCUUUGCAAUUCUUUUCCCCUCUCAAAACCCAUUUUUUUUUUUUAUUCCUUUCUUUUGUCUUUUCCUCACUUCUUCUCUUCACCUUUGUCAAGACAUGUUACGUCUUUUUUUUUUUUUUUCCUUUCUUUUGUCUUUUCCUCUCUUCGUUUUUAUGUGUUAUUUAUUUAUUUUUUUUGUUCCCCUUUUGUUCUGAGCCAGCCAUUAAUCAAUGGAUGGAAGGUCUUAUUUGUAUGAGGAAAGCUACAAAGGCAGUGCUGAUACGAGAAAAACUCAACCAGUAGGUUAUAAAUUUGGAAUGCAAAGAAAGGACAAGAAAGAGUUGCAGUAUGAUUUGAAGGACCUGCAGGUUGAAUUAGGAAAUCUUCAAGAUGCAGCUUUUCUUAAUGCUGUCGUAAAGGUUUACUACACCCAUACUGCACUUGACUAUUCUCUUCCUUGGCAAAAACAAAGAUAAUAUACAAGUAUUGGCAGGCAAGUGCAUUUAUGAUUGGGGAUGGGAAACUAUUGACAAAUGCACAUUGUGUUGAACAUAAUACACAGGUUAAGGUGAAGAGAAGGGGAGAUGAUACCAAAUACGUUGCCAAGGAUUCGGUAACUGUUGUAGGAUAUCCCCUUGGAGGAGAUACCAUUUCAGUAAAAAGGGUAUCAUAUCACGUAGAGAGAGAAUGAGAAUUUGUAUCUCUAUGGACUUCCAAAUGAGACAUGGGAAGUUAAUAUACCUAUUAAGGAGGUGCCUCUGGGCUUUUAGAACCAGCCUUAGGUAUAAAUCACGUUAGGGAUGGGAUGCAAAAGAUGGAUUGGUUGUCACUAGUUGCCGACGCAAUUGUUAAGCAAAUAUUUAUUUUAGAACAAGUUAUCCCUUUCCGAUGCUGUUUCACCUGUAAUAGUGGAAUUAAGUGCCUAAUUCAUAUUGAAAACUACUUGUAUUGUGCUAUCUUUUCUAUAUUUAAGCUUUGUUGGUUGACUGGAAACACACAUUAUAUAUGCUUAUUAAAUGAAAUAAUGAAUUAAAUGAAUUAUAAAUAUUAUAGUUAAAUCCCAAAAAUUACUCCCAAACUAUAAAUAUUAUAGUUGGUUGACUGGAAACACACAUUAUAGUUAAAUCCCAAAAUAUGUAUACACACAUUAUAUCUGCACGUAGGACUAACCGUAGCUUCACAUCUGUCAAUGACCAUGAAAUCAUUUGAAGGAACCAACUCUUUUCGAGUAAGAAUGAGGUACAAAAGAAGCUUUGUCUAUAUGCACUGCAGAGGAAUUUUGAAUUCAAUGUCAAGAAAUCUGAUAUGAGGUUGUAUGUAUAAAUGACAAUUGCAAGUGGCAAUUGCGUGCUACCGUGAAAAUACAGACGCUUUCAUGAUUAGGGUAUUCCAGGAUGAGCAUAUUUACUCUUUAAAUAUCAUGAAAAGGGAUCAUCGUCAGGCAAAAAGUUCAGUUGUUGGAGACAUCAUCCAGCCAAAGCUUGAUGGGAUUUCACAUCAAUACAAACUCCGUGAUAUUGUGCAUGACAUUUUCUCUAAUUACGGGGUAAAUAUAAGCUACAAUAAAGCAUGGGCCGCUAAGGAAGUUGCACUAUCAGGUUUGUGGCGUACACCUGAAGAGUCAUAUGCAAAACUCCCUUUAUGGAGUUACAUUUUAAAGAGCGAGAAUCCGGGCACGUUCACUCGAAUUGAAACUGAUGAUCAAAAUAGAUUUUUAUAUUUUUUCAUGGCACGUGGAGCUAGCAUCAGAGGGUGGGCCGCUAAGGAAGCUGCACUAUCAGGUUUGUGGCGGACACCUGAAGAGUUAUAUGCAAAACUCCCUUUAUGGAGUUACAUUUUAAAGAGCAAGAAUCCGAGCACAUUCACUCGAAUUGAAACUGAUGAUCAAAACAGAUUUUUAUAUUUUUUCAUGGCAUGUGGAGCUAGCAUCAGAGGGUUUCAUCAUAUGCGGAGAGUCAUAGCUGUCGAUGGAACUACACUGAAGAAUAGAUACAGAGGUUUGUUAUAUAUUGCAUCAUGUUUGAAUGGGAAUAAUCAAAUUUAUCCACUUGCCUAUGGAAUAGGCCCUGGGGAGACGGAUGUGGCCCACACAUGGUUUUUUGAGAGACUCAAAGAAGCGUUUGGUGAUGAUCCCAAUAUAGCUUUUAUAUCGGACAGACACAAGAGUAUUGCAAAAGCAAUAUGGACAGUUUUCCCUAAUAAUCACCAUGGCCACUGCACAUAUCAUCUUGGUACAAACUUAUGUGCUACGAAGUUUAAAGGUAAUGUCAAUGCGAUUCUAUCAACUUUUAAUGAUGUAGCUAGAGCAUAUAUUGUUGAGGAAUUUGAUAAGGCCAUGCAUAUUUUAGAAGGUGUUAGUAUUGAAGCUGUACAAUAUCUCAAGGAUGCAAAUCCUGCUAAGUGGGCUAGAUCACAUUUUUCGGAAAAUAGAUACAACAUCAUGACCACUAACAUUGUAGCGAGCAUGAAUUCUGUGCUUCUUGAUGCUUGGGAUAAACCCGUUUUGCCACUACUAGAUCAUAUUCAUGAUGUCUUGCAAAAGUGGUGGUAUGAAUGUCGAAAUAAUGCAGCUGCAAUGCAAACUCCUGUUACUAACUGAUUGGAAAAUAUCAUGCAAGGGCGCUCAAAUUAUGGCAGAGGCUUCCGUGUUAUUCCAUUAAACUUAUACGAGUUUCAGAUUGUUGACCAUGGUGUGCUGGUUGGAGUAGUCAACUUAGAAAGUAAGACAUGCUCAUGCAAGGAAUUCGACAUCGAUAGAUUUCCUUGUGUCCAUGCAAUUGCAACAUGUAAGUAUCGACAUAUCUUUCCAUAUACCCUUUGCUCGCUGCAUUACUCAAUUGAGUCUCUCCGUGAUGCAUAUUCGGAUACCAUAUAUCCACUUUGGAGAUAAAUGUCAGUGGCAUGCUCUAGAUGGUGUCAUCAAUCAGCUUGUACUUCCACCUGAGAUUGGAAAAGAGUCAGGAAGACCAAGAAAGAAACGGAUUUAAUCUAAAAGAGAGGAGAGUCUUCAAUAUAGCUACGGGAGGUGUAAACAGAUUGGUCACAACAGACGAUCUUACUCGACCACCGUACCACUUCAUAUCACUACCAAUCAACUGCACCAUUCAACAUCUGGACCAUAAAAUCUCUCUAUGCUAUGUUAAGCUCCUAGGGGUAUGUUAUUCGAUAUAUCUUACUAUGCAUGUGUAGUUUUUUUAUCUGUUUACUUACGGUUUGCUUGUGUUAUACAAUGUCGUACGAAUGUAAUUAGUAGCUCAAUUGCUUAACGUGUGCUUUGGUAAAAAAAGCAUUUGGUUUCAUGUAAUGUUUUGUUGACUUAGACAUUUGUCGUAAUGUGUUGGUAAAAUAGCAUUGUGUGUUCAGUAUGUUGUACGUUUUUUACUAUUUCGGAGAUGCUAUUCAUUAAUAGUG